AUGUUGCCCAGGGAAGCCUCGUCUAUGCCGCCGCCUCCCAACCCUGCUGCCUACUUCCCGCCCCCCCGAGUUACUUUGCCCUCUGGCCUGGAGAUCCUGCGCACCUACUCGGGAGCCGUCAUCUUCCUGGAAAUCCUGUUUGGGACUAUAGUCUGGAUUUUGGUGGCUGCUACACAAAUCCCACUGCCGGUGCUGCAGGGAUGGGUAAUGUUUGUAGCGGUGACUUCGUGGUUUCUGUCCAUUGUGUUCCUGUGUGUGUUCCUCUUUGGUUAUGCAAAUAGGAUUGCUGUCAACUGGAACCAGACGGACUUCCUUUUCCAUGGGACUACUUUUGUCUGUUACUUUGGAGCUUUUCUGCUGCAAGCAGCGACUACAUCUCUGCAUCACUUUCCCCGCAGAUUCAAUUCUACUACUCAAGAGAAGAUUCUAUCUGAUCAUGAAUAUAACAUAAGCAUAGCAGCCUCGAUUUUUGCCUUUGCAACAGCCAUUUGUUAUGGUUGCAGCACAGCCCUGGCAUUAAGGAGAUGGAGGCUAUAG